UGAGCGGGGGCAUAAGUAUAAAUGGGCGGAGCAUAGGUAUAAAUGGGCGGAGCAGCGCGACGAGUGGGCGGAACAUCGAAGAUUAGGCCUCGCGCCUCUCGGCUUUGGACUUCUUCCCUGCCACGGAGAGGCGUAAUUACCAAACGCAAAUGCCGCGCAACAGAAGCAAAAGAGCCAAGGCGUCUGCCACGCCGCGGGCCAAGCAGCAGCAGCAGCAGCAGGGGAUCAGCCACUACUUCACGAGGGCCGCCAGCGGAGCGAGCGCUUCGCAGCACGCGCGGGCGGAGCGCCAUGCGGAGGUAGCAGCGGUGGAGCUUACAGCAAAGAGAAAAACGAAAACGGAGAAAAAUGGUGUAAAAGAGAUUGUGCCACCGGCCAAAAAACCAAAACGAACCUGUGAAGCAUUGGAGGACGCUGAUGCGUUUGCAUCUUCCAGUGAUGAUCACGAGGAGACGCGUGAUACUCCAGCGGAGAAAAACUUGGCCCCCUCCACAGCAGAGAGGCUUCGGGGCUUCUCGUCAGAGGCUUUGGAAGAGGUUACGACACGAGCAUCAAGCAGAAAAGCUGGCUCACACAAGAGUCGGGAAGCCUUGGAUACAAGAAGUACCUGCACCACGUCUGACAUUAACCACAAUGCAACUGCGGAUGAGAAGUCACGUAGCACAUCGGCAUUCCUGAGAAGGUUUUUGUCGAACAGUGGACACUCGGAGAGACCGAAGGCGGUCGACUCCACACUAAAUAAGCGGACAAAAACCAUAUACACGCCCUUGGAGCAACAGUACCUGGAUAUUAAGGAGCAACACGGUGGUACUUUGCUGUUGGUGGAGUGUGGCUACAAGCACCGUUUCUUCGGGGAAGAUGCAGAGAUUGCAGCAAAAGAACUGAACAUCACCUGCCACCAAGACCACAACUUCAUGACGGCCAGCAUCCCGACGCAUCGUCUCUUCAUCCACGUCCGACGGCUUGUGGCCAAAGGCUACAAGGUCGGUGUGGUGAAGCAGACAGAAACGACUGCCCUCAAAGCUGCUGGUGAGAAUAAAAGUGCCCUCUUCAGCCGCAAGCUUACGGCCCUCUAUACCAAGUCCACACUUAUCGGAGAGGAUGUUGACCCAUUGGAUCGGCUUGGAGAGGAGCCGGAAGAAGAUGUGGAUCAAACUUCCUCGCCCAGCAGCUACCUGCUGUGCCUGAGCGAAGUGCCAAGCGGCUCCAGUACCCGACAGGGUGGUCAGAAUGUCACCUUCGGCCUGGUGGCAGUGCAGCCCAGCACUGGAGAGCUGCUGUUCGAUUGCUUCGAAGAUGGAAAGGCACGCCUGGAGCUGGAGAGCAGAGUGCUAUCACUGCAGCCCGUGGAGUUGCUCAUCCCAGCCGCUCUUUCCGACGAGACUGAGAGGUCGCUGUGCUCACUCACAGCCAAUAGCUCGCAGGGUGACGAUCGGGUACGUGUUGAACGUGUGGACGUUGAUUUGUUUGAGCACAGCCGUGCCUUCCAGGCCGUCUCGCGUUUCUUCGGGGCCGAGAGUUUGCAGUCCAACUGCAAUCAUGAUGAACAGAAGCUGUCCCAUGUGCUGGCUAUGGAGAAGCCCAUCAUUGCUUGCCUCGCGGUCCUUAUUCACUACCUAACGGAGUUUGGGCUGGAGAGGGUGCUUUACCUGUCAAGUAAUUUUCAGAAAUUUUCCAUGGAAAGUGAGUGCUUGCACAUCAAUGGAAUUACACAAAAAAAUAUGGAGCUUUUCCAAAAUCAGACCAACGGCAAGGUGAAGGGGAGCUUGCUGUGGGCUAUGGAUCGCACGUGCACUCCGUUUGGUCGCCGCAUGUUCAGGAACUGGCUUGGCCGCCCUCUCAUCUCAAUAAGUGACAUCAAUGCACGUCUGGACUGUGUGAGUGAAAUCCUGGCAUCGGAACACAUGGUGCUGAGCCGUGCUAAGGAAUUGCUCUGGAAGCUACCAGAUCUGGAACGUGGACUGACCAGCAUCUAUCACAGAAAGUGUUCAACAAAGGAGUUCAGCCUGAUUGCUAGCAGCCUGGAGAGACUAUGUACAGAGACUCACGCACUGGCCGCAUCCGCUCAGGACCAGCUUUCCUCUCCGCUCCUGCUCGGCAUCCUCCUGGAUGUGCCGCGUCGGCUGCAGCAUGUACAACACUACACCCGUGUGCUGGACAAACAGGCCGCCAAGGAAGGUGACAAGACACGGCUAUUCACGGACCUGACAGGCUUUCCCCGCAUGCUGAGGCGUAGCGAGGAGAUCCGGGCAGUCUUGGAAGAGCUCAGGGAACACCGUACUGAGGUCCGGCGGACUCUGCGUAGCCCAGCCGCCGACUACACCACCGUCUCCGGCCAAGAGUUUUUAAUAGAAGUGAGGAAUUCCAUGCUACACACAGUUCCUUCCAACUGGGUAAAGAUUGGCAGUACGAAGGCGGUGACUCGGUUCCAUACGCCUUUUGUGGUGCAGAAGUUCAAGCAGCUUUGCCAGCUCCGGGAGAAACUGCGAAUCGACAGCAACGCCGAGUGGCUGGGUUUCCUCACGCAGUUUGGAGAGCACUACCAUAACUUCCGUGCCGCUGUGGCACAGCUGGCCACACUCGACUGCCUCUUCUCACUCGCCGCCAUCGCGUCCAGAGACGGCUAUUGCAGGCCCGAGUUUGUCGAGGAGAAGAGUCUGAUUGUCAUCGAAAAUGGCCGUCACCCUGUAGUGGAGCUGCUCAUGGGUGACCAGAAUCAAUAUGUGCCCAACAGCACACACCUUGAUGCUGACGGGAAGCGAGCCAUGAUAAUCACAGGCCCAAACAUGGGUGGCAAAAGCUCGUACAUCCGGCAGGUCGCCCUCAUCGCUGUCAUGGCCCAGAUGGGUUCCUUUGUUCCAGCGAGCCAUGCCAAGCUGAGCAGCCUCCAUGCAAUUCACACCAGGAUGGGCGCAUCAGACAACAUCUACAAGGGCCACAGCACCUUCAUGGAGGAGCUGAGCGAAGCUUCGGAGAUCAUCCGCAAAGCGACGCGCCACUCGCUCGUGAUCCUGGAUGAGCUGGGCCGCGGCACAAGCACGCACGACGGAAUUGCCAUCGCUUACGCCACUCUGGAGUACUUUGUCAAGGAGGUGCAAUGCUUGACCCUCUUUGUUACACACUACCCUCCUGUGUGUGAAAUGGAGAGACUAAACGCGGAAGUUGUCAGCAAUUACCACAUGUCUUUUCUUCUCAGUGAGCCUGAGGAGACGGUGCAAGGGGAAGACGGAGAGAGGCUGGAGUCGGUGACCUUCUUGUAUCAGCUUACAGAAGGGCCAGCCGCUCGGAGCUACGGCCUCAACGUCGCGCGGUUGGCUGCCAUUCCUGAGCAGGUGUUGCACACUGCCGCUCAGAAAUCCAGGGAGCUGGAGGCUCACAUCAACAUGAAACGAAAGAACAUCAGCCACUUCUUAAGAGUCUGGGAUCUGGAAGAAUAUGAAGCUUCCAACCAAUUACAGACCUUGUUUUCCUGAUGCCGGCUGCUCAUGAUUGUCUUGCGCUCCUUUGCUAAAAAUUCCCUGUGAUGCAUAGGGGAUGAUGUGGAAUCGCGAUGCUAUCCUGUACAGCCGUGUCCUGCUGAAAUUGCAAUACCCGCAUUUCUGACUGUUGGUGAUGUUGCGCAUGCAUCAAAAGAACAAGGGUUAUGCAAAUAAGAAAGACACUGGAUAUACUUUGUAGGUUGUGAUCUCGGUAUUUUGUUAUUCAGUAGCACAGCCUGGAUUGAUAAUGGUUUUGCCAGUUAAAUGGUUACAGUGUAAGACGAACAAUUCUUCCCCAUUACAGGAAUGAACCACUGUACUCUGUGCUGCUGUUGUUGCUAUAUUUUUGCUGCUUUAUUUCCGAGCCAGUGCUGAUUUUUGUGAUUGGAAUCAUUCAAAUUAGCCGUCUGAGAUAUGACAACAUUUUUAUGAUGCAGACUAUAUUCAUCUUAAAUUACUGAUGAAGCAAACAUUGGAAAUGUUUAUAGAAAUGUAAUUGUAACAAAUUUGUUUUGAUAGUUGACUACAUCUUAAAACUAUAAAACCUGGAACAUUCUCUACGAUCAAAAUAUUUUUUUUUCAAAUUCACCUUUAAAAUCAUUUGGAAGAAGCCAACAUUAAACAUUGUUUACAUUUUCAAUAUGUAACAUUGUAAUUUAACUAGCCAGAUGUAUCCUGCCAUUACCUUUAAAGAAGGCAGAUUGGCACUUCUACUCGGCACAUAAUGUUAUGUAAUAGAUGUUUAAUGUUUACGAGUGUGUGCUUCUAAUGACCAAGUGGCUCGGUGUUUGAGGCCAUGCUUCCCCAGAGUUGAAAUGUUCACAUUUACUAUGCAACCAAUGUGAUUUUUUUUUUACCCUUGACAUUGUUAUAUUUGAAUGGGGAAUAUUGAUCGUGGAAGUAUGGAGGGGAAUAAACAUUUCUGGUAUAGACUUUCCCAACCCUCGUAUUGACAUUGAAUGUAGGAGAGGCUCAGGAUUCUAAUGUUUACUUCUGAGGUACCGGGUUCAAGACUUACUUGGAGGAGCCAAAUGGAAGUGAUGCAGCUCUGUCAGUCAUAUUGGACAUUCGCUACUUAAAUAAAAGAAGCCUACAAAAAUGCUUCACGAGCAGCUCAUGAAAGUUGUUGCCUAAUUAAUACACGACGUGUAUAGUGAAACACUCAGGCUUUCUUAAUGUAUUAUUAAGCAGGCAUCAUUGUAUAUAAUACACCAGUGAAUCCAAUGCUUUGGAGACGACGGUUGGUAGAUUACCGAUGUCCCAAACCCAAUGGGCUGAAUUGGCUAGAAGAUGACACUCCAGUACAUCGGUUUGUGAAUUUGUGUCUCAGGUCUUCCAAGUGUUAUCCAAAUUGGCAAAUUAGAAAACUACCCUCAAAAUUACUCAAUUGGACUUACACAUAGCAAUCAUCGCCCCCUAUUGGAAGAUGAAUGCCCAUUUCUCGGCCAGGUGUUGAGUCACCUUGUGCCCAGAGGGAGCAGCUGCCACAUGAGGGUGCCCUUUCAAACGUGUGCGAAAUUAUGUCAAGCGCUCUGACGCCCCGGCAUGAAGGGCGCUGUGUCAAAAGACAAUCAUUAUCCCCUCGUACGUUUGGGUUUUCUACGCUUGCCCUGGUUUCCUUCCACGUGCAAAACUUUCCUCCAAUAAAAUUGUUCAAACGUCAUGAGAACCCUCGUGAAAUGGCCUUGAGACCCAGUGAGGCUUUUCUACAUGAAUCGUUUUCAUUUGGGCAUUUAUUGAUGCAUCGUAUGAUUAAAACCAAAAUGUUAAAAUGAUACUAACUAUUUAGCAAACGAAUUACGACCAAUAAUCAUUGAAUUGCCAAGGAUGUAAAUUUUAUAAUGCAUUGUUGACUUGCCAUGCAUUAUGAUGACUUGCCACGGUUUAAACGGAAGGUAUGUGUAAUAAUUACUGAAAUAUGUAACAUUCCAUAAUAAUGUACAGCCCUUUUAUCAACCCACUACUGGAUGAAGGCUUCCCAGCAAAGUUUUGGCAAUGGUGGUUUACCACACCUCACCAUGCUGGUGAGUGCAUGUUCGUGAAGGAGGGGGCCAAGACCAAUUCCAAUAUCACUCCUGGAAUCAAACAUUGAUCGCCAGGCUCAAAACACAGUAUUGCACGCGAAUCACUACAACACAGCUCCGCCCCCUGUUUCUAAUUUCCUGCCAAAUGUCAUUUCCAUGCAGGUUACUAAAUUUUAACAUCAAUAUUAAUAACACUUCGGUGUGAAACUUUCAUGAAGCGGGUCAAUUAUUGUUGAAAGGAAAAAAAAAGGUUGCUCGUUGGAAUUUGUUGCCUCGGGGUUAAUAAACAAAGGCGGGUAGAAACAUGUGUAAAGCACUAAUCAAGGCAAGGAAAUGCAAACGUGAUGAGCUGGAUAAUUCCUUGGAAGUGUAGAUGGUUGCAUCCCAUGUAUGAUUGAUGCAUUACCUGGGGGAAUUGUGGGAAGCAGCCCUCACCGUGGUGACAUAAAACAUCCAUGAUUAAAACGGGUAAUUUCAAUAAAUGAAUACAUUGGAACUUUACGCAAGACCCUUGGUAAUAUGUUUGCACAUGUGUACUGUAUUUAUAAUACAUGGUCGGGGUACUUUUUUUAUUUAAUGCUUUCAAAAGACCGCGCACAUCACCUUUGAGCACUUGAGUGAAAAGCUUCAUCAACCGCUGUAUGCUUGUAACAAUGCAAAUGAAUGCUCGACCCAAUAAAAAAAACACUUCAUA